AUGUCAUCCAUUCGCAAGCAAGUUGUGGUACUCUAUGCAGAGACGAAGUUGCAGAAAACUAUCGACUUACCAGGUAAUUCGACUGUUGUCAAAGCUAAGGAGGAAGGGAUGGUGGCAAUCAAGGAUCACUUGAAUAAACUUCCUGGUGUGCCGCCUGUCUCCCUAGACCCUGACUGCACCGAUUUUUACCCAGCUCCAAAGGACAAUACUACCAUCAUAGGCAGUCUGACAAGUAAUCUGAUGAUGGUCGUGUACCCGGAGCCUCCUAAGGGACAGCGCCUCACACCCUCGCCCUUUGUCAAUGCUCUUCAAUCCGCCAUUCAUAAAGUAAACGACCUCAAGGCUCAGAAGUCUAAUGUCAAACCAGAGGAAAAUUUUGGGCGUGACAUAGCUCAGUUGAAGCAGGACAAUGCUCAGCUGAGGCAGGAAAAUGCUGAGCUGAGGCAGGAAAAUGCUGAGCUGAGGCAGGAAACUGCUGAGCUGAGGCGGGAAACUGCUGAGUUGAAGCACAACAUCAAAGAGCUGUGUGAUCAAUUGGAUGAAACUACCAGAGCUGUCUUGGGUGAUAAAGUGGCGGUCGAUAAGAUCCGUUGGCGGGUACUCCUUGACAUGGGUCGCGAUCAGCUGGCCGUCAUAUGCAGGCACAAGGACUGGAAAGAGUGGAAAGAGUCAAAGGCCACGUCAACUGCAGGAGAUGAUUUCGCCAUUAGAACCGCGAUGAUGACCGAAGCGGAGAUGAUGCUUCAAGAUUCCACUGACUCGUCAGAAUAUUGGAAGGCUGUCGGGCAGGAUCCUUCGACUCUUGGAUUGCUCAUUCAUCCUAACAACAUCAGGAAUCAGGCAGAUAUUGCAGAGCAUUCUUCAACAGAGAAGGCUAUUGCGGAGAGCGUUCUGGCUCUGGCCACUCUGGGCGACAGGACGCAUAUGAUUGCCAUAUUCUGUGCAAUUUACGACAGCGAACCAUGA